CGAAGAAACAUUGUUCCUUGCAUUGAGACUCUUACUCUGUGUAGAAAAUAUAAGCGAUAGAAGAGAAUGGAAGAGGCAAUUCCUUAUGAAGAGGACGACGCACUCGAUUCUAAGGAGAACGUUCUACAGAAGUACUUUUUACUAGAGUGGAAACUUGUCAAGUCUCUCCUCGACGACAUUGUUUCAAAUGGUCGUGUUUCCGACCCCUCUUCCGUUCACAAGAUCCGAUCCAUUAUGGACAAGUAUCAAGAACAGGGUCAGCUAUUAGAGCCUUAUUUGGAGAGCAUUGUUUCUCCUUUGAUGUUCAUUGUCCGUUCUAAAACAAUUGAAUUGGGUGUAUUUUCGGAUGAAAUCCUUGAAGUUAUUAAGCCAAUAUGCAUUAUUAUAUACUCUCUGGUUACGGUUUGUGGAUAUAAGGCUGUCAUCAAGUUCUUCCCACAUCAAGUUUCUGAUUUAGAACUUGCCGUUUCUCUCUUGGAGAAGUGUCAUGACACAACUUCAGUAACAUCUCUGCGACAAGAAAGUACUGGAGAGAUGGAGGCAAAGUGUGUCAUACUUUUAUGGCUUUCUAUUCUCGUAUUGGUUCCAUUUGAUAUCUCCACUGUUGAUACUAGUAUUGCAAACAAUGAUGAUCUUGGUAAAAAUCAGCCAGCUCCUCUGGUAUUGAGAAUCUUAGGGUUCUGUAAGGAUUACCUUUCAAAUGCCGGUCCUAUGCGCACUAUAGCUGGAUUGCUACUCUCGAAGCUUUUAACACGUCCGGAUAUGCCAACUGCCUUUGCCAGCUUUGUCGAAUGGACACAUGAAGUCUUAUCUUCUGACACAGAUUAUGUCAUGAGUCACUUUCGGUUGCUUGGUGUUUUGGAGGCGCUAGCUGCUGUUUUCAAGGCUGGUAGCCGAAAAGCGCUGCUGGAUGUGGUUCCAGUGGUCUGGAAUGAUGCAUCAGUGUUGUUCAAGUCGGGUUCUGCAGCUCGGAGUCCUUUGGUUCGCAAGUAUCUUGUGAAGUUAACUCAGAGGAUUGGGCUUACUUGUCUCCCUCGUCGUACACCAUCUUGGCGAUAUGUGAGCAAAACCAGCACACUUGGAGGGAAUAUAUCUUCAAAUGCAUCCAGUGAAACAGAUCAUUGUAAUCAUAGUGUGGUUGGCAACACUAAAUCUGAACAAUAUUCAAAUUGCCCUGAAGAUGAAGGCAUGGAUAUUCCUGAAAUUCUGGAGGAGAUAAUUGAAAUUUUACUUUCUGGAUUGAGGGACACGGACACUGUUGUGCGCUGGUCUGCCGCAAAAGGAAUGGGCCGCAUAACUGCAUGUUUGACAUCUGCCCUUUCAGAAGAGGUCUUGUCGUCUGUGUUGGAGCUGUUCUCCCCAGGGGAGGGAGAUGGUUCAUGGCAUGGGGGUUGCUUAGCAUUGGCUGAACUAGCUCGUAGAGGAUUGCUCUUACCUGGCAGUCUUCCCAAAGUUGUUCCCGUUGUUGUGAAGGCCCUACAUUACGAUAUUCGAAGAGGUUCACAUAGUGUUGGAUCUCAUGUACGUGAUGCUGCUGCUUAUGUUUGUUGGGCGUUUGGACGUGCAUAUUAUCACACAGAUAUGAGAAACAUACUGGAACAGCUUGCUCCAGACUUAUUAACUGUUGCCUGCUAUGACCGUGAGGUUAACUGUAGAAGAGCAGCAGCUGCUGCUUUUCAGGAGAAUGUUGGAAGGCAAGGAAAUUAUCCACAUGGCAUUGACAUAGUGAAUACUGCGGAUUAUUUUUCACUAUCUUCACGAGUAAAUUCUUACCUUCAUGUCGCAGUGUCUAUUGCCCAGUAUGAGGGUUAUCUUUAUCCAUUUGUGGAUGAACUACUGUACAACAAAAUUUGUCACUGGGAUAAAGCCUUGAGAGAACUUGCGGCCGAGGCACUUUCUGCUCUUGUCAAAUAUGAACCUGAAUAUUUUGCGAACUUUGUUGUGGAGAAAUUAAUUCCCUGUACUCUCUCUACUGAUUUAUGCACGCGCCAUGGUGCAACCUUAGCAGCUGGGGAAGUUGUUUUGGCUUUACAUCAAUGUGAUUAUGCUCUUUCCACAGACAAACAGAAACUCAUAGCUGGUAUCGUUCCUGGUAUUGAGAAAGCCCGUCUCUAUCGUGGGAAGGGUGGAGAGAUAAUGCGUUCAGCUGUCUCCCGGUUCAUUGAGUGUAUCUCUUUAUCUCAUGUGUCAUUACCAGAGAAAACAAAGCGAAGUUUGCUUGUCACUAUUAAUGAGAAUUUGAGACAUCCUAAUUCACAGAUACAGACUGCAGCGGAUAAAGCUCUGAAGCAUUUUGUGCAAGCAUAUUUUGUGGCUACUGAUAAUGGAGUUUCAGGUGGCAUAACAUCUAAGUACCUGGAACAGCUGACUGAUCCAAAUGUGGCUGUAAGAAGAGGAUCCGCAUUGGCGAUAGGUGUUUUGCCAUAUGGUUUUUUGGCUAAUAGGUGGAGGGAUGUGCUUUUAAAGCUUUGCAGCUGUUGUGCGAUCGAGGAGAAUCCUGAAGACAGAGAUGCUGAAGCACGUGUAAAUGCCGUUAAAGGACUUGUAUCAGUGUGUGAGACACUAACUCAGGCAAGAGAAGAUUCCUGUAUCGAGGAUGAUAUAUCUCUAUUUCAUCUAAUAAAAAAUGAUGUGAUGACUAGUUUGUUUAAAGCUCUUGAUGACUACUCUGUGGAUAAUAGAGGUGAUGUGGGAUCUUGGGUUCGUGAGGCUGCUAUGGAUGGCCUUGAGAAAUGUACAUAUAUUCUCUGUAAGAGAGAUUCCAUUAGUGUCACUAGAAAAUCUCAAGGAGCUGAAUCUCUGUCAGAAGUUCCUAAUAAUGCCAUGGCCCAAUUUAGUGAGAGGAACUCAUUUUUUGAUGCAAAUCUGGCUACCAGUUUAGUUGGAGGGAUUGUGAAGCAAGCUGUAGAGAAGAUGGAUAAACUCAGAGAAGUGGCUGCAAAGGUUUUACAAAGGAUUUUGUACAACAAUAUGAUUUUUGUCCCAUUUAUACCUUACAGGGAAAAGCUAGAAGAAAUUGUGCCUAAUAAAACAGAUUUGAAGUGGGGGGUGCCCUCCUUUUCAUAUCCACGUUUUGUACAGUUACUUCAGUUCAGUUGCUAUAGUAGGAUUGUGGUAUCUGGAUUAGUUAUUUCAAUUGGUGGGUUGCAAGAUUCUCUGAGGAAGGUAUCAAUUUCAGCAUUGUUGGAGUACCUUCAAGUGGAUGAAUCUGAAGAGCUCAGUAGAAGAAGCUCCAGAGAGUACAUGCUAUCAACUGACAUCCUUUGGGUUCUGCAACAAUACAAGAGAUGUGACCGAGUGAUUGUUCCAACUUUAAAGACAGUUGAGUCUCUUUUCAGCAAGAAGAUAUUCUUGAAUAUGGAGGCUCAUACUCCAAUAUUUUGUGCUCGUGUUUUGGACUCCCUGGCGGUUGAACUAAAAGGGUCCAAGGACUUCUCUAAAUUGUAUGCAGGGAUUGCAGUACUUGGAUAUAUUGCUUCAGUUUCAGAUCCAAUCAACACUCAGGCCUUCUCUCAACUUCUUAGUUUUCUUGGCCAUCGUUACCCUAAGAUUCGUAAAGCUUCAGCUGAACAAGUUUACCUUGUCCUCUUGCAAAAUGGAAGUCUUCUACCAGAGGAUAAGCUAGAGAAAGCAUUAGAAAUUAUCGCUGAAACUUGCUGGGAAGGUGACCUAGAAGCAAUAAAGCCACAAAGGUUAGAAUUGUAUGAUUUGGCUGGUCUGGACGUGGGAACACUCAACAGUAGUAACAAAGUAUCAAACAAGGAUGGCAAGAAAAAGCCUGCAGCUGUUGAUGAAAAUGCAUCAUAUUCCUCAUUGGUUGGGUCAACUGGGUUCUGAUAUCUAAAAUUAUUAAUAUGGUGGUGUUUCUUCCAUUUUGAAGGUUUCGUUGAGCUCUUGGAGUUGAUUAGUAGUUGUUUGUUUCGACUUUCGAGAAUGAAUUUUGAGAGUUUGUAUCUGCAGUUUUGUUUAUCAUUGUGUUAGCGUACCUAUUACUUGCUUUUUAAUUUUUUAUGAUCUGAUCUUAAUGCUUCUUAAACUUGAGCAACAACUAGCCCAGAUCGCCUUGUAAGUGAGCCAUUACAAGGACAUAAAUUCAAACCAUUCUGAAAAAGUUACAU